CCGGACGCAGGUGCGGGGCAGAGCUGAGCGAGCGGCGCUGACGGGCCGGGCCGGGCCGGGAUAGGGGCCCGGGCAAGCGGAGGGGCCUGCGCGGCCGCCCGGCCCGGCCGCAGAGCAGCCUCUCCCUGGGACCAUGGGCUUCGGGCCCUGAGGACGCAGGACUCCUUGUGGCAAUGACGACGGGUGACUGCUGCCACCUCCCAGGCUCCCUGUGCGACUGCUCCAGCAGCCCUGCUUUCUCCAAGGUCGUGGAGUCCACAGGCCUUGGGCCACCCCAGUAUGUGGCACAGGUGACGUCGAGGGAUGGCCGGCUCUUCUCAACUGUCAUCCGGGCCUUGGACACACCAAGCGAUGGUCCCUUUUGCCGGAUCUGCCAUGAGGGAGCCAAUGGGGAGAGCUUGCUGUCCCCAUGUGGUUGUACUGGAACGCUGGGCGCCGUGCACAAGAGCUGUCUGGAGAGGUGGCUGUCCUCGUCCAACACUAACUACUGUGAGCUGUGCCACACAGAGUUUGCAGUGGAGAAGCGGCCCCGGCCCCUCACAGAGUGGCUGAAAGACCCGGGGCCACGCACGGAGAAGCGGACGCUGUGCUGCGACAUGGUGUGCUUCCUGUUCAUCACACCACUGGCCGCCAUAUCAGGCUGGCUGUGCCUGCGCGGGGCUCAGGACCACCUCCGGCUCCACAGCCGGCUGGAGGCCGUGGGGCUCAUCGCCCUCACCAUUGCCCUCUUCACCAUCUACGUCCUCUGGACACUGCCACCUGGAGCUGGGUAG